AGCUUAAAAGUGUCAAGAUCAAAAUUAUCACUGCAACUUCCAACUCACAAUUUCCUCUCUCACGCUCAAACGUAAAACAAUUCCAUCAAAACCCUAAAUUUGCCAACUGCCGUCGCUCCUCCGCCCUCAGCGGCUCUGCUGCCACUAAUUUUUCCGAUUUGCAGAUCUCUUUCAACUUCGGAUACUGUGCUUGCAGUAUAGAGACUCUCGUCAACCUUCAUCUCCCUCUCUUACUGCUUCAAAGAAAAAGCUUUGUUCUCUCCGAAACCUAAAUUUCUCCUGUUCCAUCUCUAAUUCGGUAAGUGCAUAGAACGAAACCGAUAAAUGAAAGAUUGGAUUCAUUUCGGGGCAUCGGAUUCUUUUGGGAUUUUAAUGUGGUGAGAUGAGAAUUCAGUGGUUGAUUUCAAUGUUAGACUUGUAGAGGCGUUGAUUUCAAGUGGUUAUUUCUUUCUGCAAUCUGAAAAGGAAACUCAAAGUCGAAUGGAGUAUAUGGGUCAGUAUAAAAUGCUUCCUCCAGAAUCUGGAACUUUUCAAGAUCGUGAAGAGCUCAUAAAAUAUGUUCGUGACUUUGGGGCUAGUCAAGGAUAUGUGGUAACCAUUAAAAAGUCUAGGAAGGACCGGAGAGUUAUCCUUGGUUGUGAUAGAGGAGGUGUUUAUCGUAAUAGGCGCAAGAUUGAAGAAAGCCAGCGUAAAAGAAAAGCAUGUUCACGGCUUAUAAAUUGUCCAUUUGAAGCAAUUGGUAAGAAGGAAGAUGAUGUGUGGGUACUUACUAUUAAAAAUGGAGACCACAACCAUGAACCUUUAAAAGACAUGUCAGAGCAUCCUUAUAGUCGUCGAUUUUCUGAAGAGGAGGUUAGGCAAAUUAAAAUGAUGACUGAUGCUGGUGUAAAACCGCGACAAGUCCUGAAAGCACUUAAGCAAAGCAAUCCUGAGUUGCAGUCAACACCUAGACAUUUGUACAACCUCAAAGCUAAGAUUCGUCUAGGAAAUUUAUCAGAGAAAAGUUUGAAGUCAUGGAGACCUAACAGGUCUGUUCCUGUAAACACAAGGACUACUUCCUCUGAAGGGUCGCUAAAGCAAAACAACCAGCCUCUGAAAGUUCCUAAUUUUAUUGGAGGAAAAUUUGUCGAGUCACAAGGGUCUACUAUAAUUGAUGUGAUAAAUCCUGCAACACAAGAGGUUGUUUCUGAAGUUCCGUUAACCACCUAUGAAGAGUUCAAGGAUGCAGUUAUUGCAGCAAAGAAAGCUUUUCCUUCAUGGAAGAACACCCCAAUUGCCACUCGUCAACGCAUCAUGUUCAAACUCCAGGAGCUUAUUCACAGGGAUAUGGAUAAGCUUGCAAUGAAUAUUACCUUAGAACAGGGUAAGACACUCAAAGGUGCCCAGGGUGAUGUACUUCGUGGUUUAGAGGUAGUUGAGCAUGCCUGUGGAAUGGCAACUUUGCAAAUGGGGGAGUUUGUUCCUAAUGCAUGCAAUGGAAUUGAUACGUACUGCAUUAGAGAACCACUUGGUGUUUGUGCUGGGAUAUGCCCUUUUAACUUUCCAGCUAUGAUUCCCUUGUGGAUGUUCCCCAUUGCUGUUACAUGUGGAAAUACAUUUGUUCUUAAGCCAUGUGAGAAAAAUCCAGGGGCCUCAAUGAUACUUGCAGCACUGGCUAUGGAGGCUGGUUUGCCUGAUGGUGUCUUAAAUAUUGUUCAUGGCACCAAUGAUAUUGUUAAUUACAUAUGUGAUGACGAUGAUAUAAAAGCUAUAUCAUUCAUUGGUUCAGACAUUGCUGGCAUGCACAUACAUGCUAGGGCAGCUGCUAGAGGCAAACGUGUUCAGUCCAAUAUAGGAGGAAAAAAUCAUGCAAUUAUCAUGCCGGACGCAAGCAUGGAUGAUACUUUGAAUGCUUUGGUCGCUGCUGGUUUUGGUGCUGCAGGACAACGGUGUAUGGCUCUGAGCACAGCUAUUUUUGUUGGAGGAUCAGUAGCAUGGGAAGACGAACUUGUGGAGCGUGCAAAAGCACUUAAAGUGAAUGCAGGCACUGAUCCUACUGCAGACAUUGGUCCAGUGAUUAGCAAAGAGGUAAAGGAUCGCAUAUGCAGAUUAGUUCAGAGUGGGGUUGACAAUGGUGCUAGGCUUCUUCUUGAUGGGAGAAACAUUGUGGUUCCAGGAUAUGAGAAAGGAAGUUUUGUUGGUCCUAUUAUCUUAUGUGAUGUGACGGUCAACAUGGAUUGCUACAAGGAAGAAAUUUUUGGCCCAGUUCUUCUUUGUAUGCAGGCUGACAGUCUAGAAGAGGCUAUAACCAUUGUAAAUAAAAACAGGUAUGGUAAUGGAGCAUCAAUAUUUACAUCAUCUGGUGUUGCUGCAAGAAAGUUCCAGAAUGAUAUUGACGCUGGGAUGGUUGGAAUCAAUGUUCCUGUUCCAGUUCCAGUGCCAUUUUCCUCAUCUAAUGAACCAAAGGCUUCUUUUACUGGCGAUCUCAAUUUUUGUGGAAAGACAAGUGUGCAAUUUUAUACCCAGAUUAAAACAGUGGCACAGCAAUGGGGGGGCUUACCUAGCCUAGGAGUGUCAUUAUCCAUUCUUACAUCAUUUGAUGUGGAAGCAAACCAAGGAAUUUCUUCUGCACCUGAGAGAGGUUUACCUAAUGAGAGAGUGUCCCCAAAUAUGUCAAUAGCAUCAGAGAGAGAUUCCCCAAAGCAUGGAGAACUACUGCCAGGAUUUACCAAACUCGGGAGCAUCAUCUAUGCCACAAAUAGUUGAUGAGGAUUUACCAGGCCAGGAGGCGUCUCUGGUUCUAUCUCCAACAGUUGAGCAGGAUUUAUCGGACCGAGAGAGAUCACUCGCUAUACAUCCUGCAACAGAUGGGAAUUCAUUAAGCCAAGAAAUGUCACUAACCAUACCACAGACAUCUGAAAGCAUUUAUACACCUCAAACGUCCAAGUGGAAUGAAAAUCUACCCCUAACAUCUCAGAGGACUGAAAGCAUAUCUUCAACUGCUCAGAGGAUUUACAUGCCUACUUCUCAGAGGAAUGGCAAUGUCGGUCCAUCAUCCAAGAGGACUGAUCCUGCAAUGGCUUUAACUUCUGAUUGUGUAUAUGUGUCAACAUCUCAUGAGAAUGACAAUAUGGUUCCAAUAUCAAAUAGGAGUGACAGCAUAACUCCAGCCUCACAUAGGACUGAUGCUUCUGUACAUCCAGUUUCUGAGAGGUUAUUUGACUUUAUAGCAACUUCUCACUUGAACGACAGUAUGGGUCAAACAUUUCCAAGAACUGAUACCAUGUUUCCAACUUCUGAGAAACGAUACAUACCUGCUACAGCUCACAGGAAUGACCAUAUGGGUUCAACAUCUCAAAGGCAUGAUAUUACUUCACAUCCAACUUCUGAGAGGAUGUAUGUUACCAGACCAUCACAAAGGACCGACAUGGUUCCAGCUUCCCAACAGGCUGAUGCUAUACCACCGCCAUCAGAGACUAUGUAUAUGCCUAUGCCUACAAUUGUUCAGAGAAAUAAUGGAGCACCACCAACAUCAGAGAGGCUAUAUAUGCCCCUAACGUCCCAAAGGUUGUAUGCUGAAAACUCAAUGAUCUCAAUUGAUGAUUUUCCCAGCCAGGGAGCUUCCAUGGCUUUGCCAACAUCUCAGAGAAUAUAGGAUGCUAACCAGUGUUAUAUAUUUUCCAGUUUAGGGACAAUGUAGACAGUGAUAGCAAAGUAACCAAUAAAGAUUUUUUUAACCUUUAAA